UUUGAUUCUAUGCGAUCCACACUUAAUUACAGACGCAACUUUAAGUUAGUAUGUAGCAGUAAUAUCUAAGUGGGAAAGAGUUGUGUAAGUAUUUUUACGAAUGCAUCGGUAUUCGUUGUGAUCCAACCAAACUCAUGUUUGCUCAGAUUAUUUCGCCUAAAGGGUCGGCUUAAUAUUUAUUCCUGCAGCAGAAACCAUUUUGAAUUUAAUGCCGUGGGAAUCUUUGAAUUGUUUAUAACUUCAAGAAAACCACUUUCAGGCAAUUAGCCGGCGCACAUGCUUUGAUGAUGGUGAUAUGCUUUGAUGUAAACCGUUUAAGUAGAAGCAGUAUGGUGAUAUAUAAGUUUCAGUUUGGAAAGGACAGGAGGCUUGAUGGCCUGUGUUAGUCCUGGCAAUUGUGUUCUCUCAGUUGAUCCAACUUUCUUUUGAAAGAAUCUACGGAUGGAGCUUCAACCACGUGUUGAGUGUGGCAGAAAACUUUCGCUUCGACAGUUCCGUCACCUUGUACAUAGUACAUCUGGCCUUAGACAUGGUGUGGACUAUGAAUCGAAUAAAUUCAGCCGUAAAAAAUAACUAUAGUCGUUACUUGAUACACUGCAAAAGUUAUUUAAAAGAAGUCUUAAGUUCAGGAGUACUGGGUGCUGAGGCAGCCUCACUAGAUAUAAUUGAACUUAUACCUGGAGAUAAGUAUGCCAAAAUUGAUGUCAACUGUAAACUACCAGUAUAUCAUGGCUCCAAUAAGCCUUCAAUUAAACAAACACCUACCGCAUUGGCAUUUCAUAUUCAGCAGUAUAUGAAUAGUGGAAGUAGUGAAUUGAGAUCACUUUUGCAUAAGGGUUAUCCAAAGAUGAAGAUUCCUGUUUUUCAGUUUUUUAUAACUGAGCAAACCUGUAUAGUGAAUGCUCCUUCAAAUGAUUCAGAACAUUUACAGUCAUCCAGUGAUGUAGUAUGUACUGCUAUUCCAGCAUGUAUCAAACCUAAUAAUGUUUAUGGGUUGGAACGUGAUAAACUUGUUAAAAUAAUUAAUUCAAGAUUGAAAGUGAUGAGGAAGAAAUCUCAUGCUUUAGAGCCAAGAAAUUUAAUAUCUGAUGAUUAUGAGGAGAGUGAUAUCGCUCCUGAAUCUAUAAAACAGGAUCACACUUCCAUGAUUGCAUGGGCAAAAUAUUGGAAGGAGAGUCAAGAUUGGCGAGCUAUAGCUAAACGUGAUAGAAGACUUCGUCAUCAAAGUACGGGAUUAGAAUUUUUAACACAAAAUCAAAAGAAGAGUAGUGACGUGGAAAAUUGACAUUUGACUAAACAUUGUGUAAAUAAUACUCAUUGAGAUCUAUUUCUUCGAGUUGUUGUGUUUCCUUCAAUAGAAAACGGACAAUAUUCUCUUUGUUUUAAACAUGGUAUAUGGGAUAUGCAGGGUGUUACUAAUAAAGUACUUCUAACAGCAUUCGAGAUCACCUUGUUCACGAUCAUAUUCCAUCGGUACCUAGCUUCUUACUUAAUUAUUCAUCUGGUGUACUGAACAUUCAAAAAAUCAUUUUCAAGAUCUUGUUGUUUUAUUUUCACCGUUUAUUAAUACUGACUAAACGUAGAUCACACUCA